AUGCCUCCUCCACUUAUUGAGGAAGAGGAAGAGGAAAUGGGGGAUUUUGAUGGCGGUCUCCCCCACAACUGGGAGGAUGACUUGGAUCUGCUUGCGGACCCUUUUUUCAAUGCUUACGACAACAACGAAUUACCUGACUUUGAGGAUCUCGUGCCUUCUCAAGCUUUGGAAGCACUAGCACCACCACUCUUCGUCGAUGAUGAGUCCACAGCACCUUUCUCAGGAUCGUCAAUGCAGGUUGACGCUAUACCGGAAGUCCCGUUACAGGAGCAGCCAGUAUUUGACCAAGAUGGCAAAAGAAUAGGCACUAUUCUACCCGUGAUGACCCGCAAACCUCUGCAAAACAUAUCGAUCAACAUUCCCUCGAGUACACUUAUUAGGCCGGCGAGUCUGUACGAAGGCGAAGAGCCACGACCCAGCGAACGAGAAUGGGUAGCGGUUCGAUCUUUGCUCCAAGAGAUGCAGCAGAACAGCGAGGAUGGAGAGCAAGACUUCAUUGUGUUCGAUAUUGAAGACUUCGCCGUGUACAUUGACGCUACAGUACCGGGUGGCAACAUGAAAAUUUACAAGGAGAGACGGUAUCCCUGCGAGAUGCGUCCCCUGCAACAUCUGAGUAUCCAGACCGCAUGCACUCAGAUGUACGUCGACGGUGUGUUGUCUGUGGGAGAGAAGCGGUUCUUUGUUAGGCAAAUUCCUUUCGAGGAAUUGCCUAUCGGGAACUACGGAGCAUCCGAGGCCACGGUCGGCUCUGAAAUUUGGAUACGCUCCAAACACAACGUUGCUAUCGCCAAACAGAAAGGCCCAGAUGUGUAUUAUCGGCUUGGAAGCCCAGCUCCCGAGUACCGACGCUACCAUGCCGGGUUUACUUGGGUUGCAGAUCUGGCUAAGCACGUGGUGGACUAUCUCUCCGCUGCUAUAGAGCAAAGCCGUCGUGUCACAUUCCGGGACUUCCGAUCCGACUUCUCACGAUGGCUUGCAGAUAUGCAUGGUCACUCGGAUGCUUUCUCCAAAUGGCGGAGGCAAUACUCCAAAGAGGACUUCUGCACAGCAAUUGUACCAAAUGUUCAAUUUAUCUAUAAGGAAGCCUACGGAGUCCUUGGACACCGAGCUACAACUAUCUAUCUCUGGAGAGAGAUUCGCGAGUUCACUGCAUUCGCCGAUAGCCAGGAGAAGAUGCUCAAAACCGGUGGAAGCAACGCUGACACGCCACAAACUUCGCCGUCGCCAACGCCAAAGCCGAAUCCAAAGACACGUCAGCCAGCUGACAUACCCAGGACAGUGGUAACUCCUUACGUUAACGACCUGUUCCAUCGUUUACCCUGUGGGCCGAUGAUGGAGGCAACCAGUCCGAGCGCAGACGUGGAGAAGCUCCGGCAGGGCGUCAUCCAGGGCCUGGGCUUGGAGGAGGCUUCAAGGAUUCAUACGACGGCCAAGGACAUCGCUGAGAAGACCGGACAGGAAGUACGAGUCGGAGAUGUGAUAUCCACACAUAGAGACGACGACGAAGACUAUUGGGUUCGAGAAGCCACCACUGGCUUCAACGACGUUGACUGCUGGUUUGGGCUCGUUCAAAAAGUUCAUAAUGUCCACAAUUCACGGCAGAAGAGUUUCGACGUAUCAUGGAUCUACACACCCACACAUACGCUUUGCGGGAUAAUGAGAUAUCCGUGGAACAACGAGCUUUUCCUUUCCGACCACUGUACCUGCGGCGACGCUACUGUCGGAAAGAUCAAGGAAAAUGAGGUACUGGCAGUCCAUGGGGUGGACUGGGGAGGUUCAUCUAGAACAGAUACAGAGUUCUUUUGUCGCCAAACGUACCUCCAUGAGGAGCGAAAAUGGAUCACGUUCAAAGAGCAACACCUGCGAUGUCCUCACCGCCAAGCUAGGCCGGAAUUUCCUUACCUAGCAGGAGACACUCUGUUAGUAAGCCUAGAGCUAGGUGACGCUAUAGUCGAGCCCUGCGAGUUGGUAACUCUCCCCGACGCCAAUGGCGUAGUAACCUUUCGCCGCCUGGAGCGCAGACAUCGCCUGCAGCCUGAUGUUCCACCGAACGAACUUGUCUACACCGACGAAGAGUUUACUCUUGGACAGGAAAACAUCCAUGGAAGAUGUCUCGUCCGAGUCUUCCGCCCCGACGAAAAGAUACCACCACCAUAUGAUCGUAACGGGGUGAGCAAUGUAUUCUUCAUAACGCAGCGAUGGCAAGACGGUAUUAUGAUUCCCAUUGAGGAUGCUCCCAUAACGCUCAGACAGGGGUUCGAUCCCAGAAAGCAGUUCGACAAGCUUCGGGGCUUCGAUCUCUUCUGUGGAGGGGGAAAUUUUGGCCGCGGCCUUGAAGAAGGCGGGGCGAUCGAGAUGAAAUGGGCCAACGACAUCAACAUCAAGGCCAUCCAUACUUACAUGGCCAAUACUACCACUAAUACCGUCCAUCCUUUCGCUGGAUCGAUCGACGACCUCCAACGACUUGCCCUGCAAGGGGAGUUUUGCGAAAGGGUACCUGAGAUCGGAAUGGUCGACUUCAUAUCGGGUGGGAGUCCAUGCCCUGGCUUCUCACGCUUGACCAUCGACAAGGCCACUCCCGAGCAACGCAAAAACCAGUCACUAGUGGCAGCAUUUGCUUCGUUCGUUGACACUUACCGACCUCGCUAUGGCCUGCUUGAGAAUGUCAUGGAGAUCCUUCAGCCGAAGGGGCGCCGAGGCGAGGAUGUGUUCAGCCAGUUGAUAUGCGCCCUCGUCGGGCUCGGCUACCAGGCUGAGGUCUUCUUGUUAGAUGCUUGGAACUACGGAUCUCCGCAAAGCCGAAGUCGAGUUUUCUUAUGCUUUGCGGCGCCUGGCCUCGCUCUUCCCGAUAUGCCUCUCCAUUCUCAUUCUCACUAUACGGCUAAGAUUCGCAGUCGAGGACUGGGAUGGAUUCCCAACGGGAAGUCAAUGGUCGACCGGCUGGUAAUGCCCACCCCGUUCAAGUUUAUCAGCGCACAAGAGGCGACGGCUGAUUUGCCUGACAUCAUGGAUGGAAAGGCAGACUAUUGCAUCAACUUUCCGGACCACAGAGUCGCCGUCGGUGUCACCAAGAGAUUACGCACACAGAUGGGUAUCAUUCCAAUGCACCCACACGGAAUGAAUUUCCGCAAGACUUGGAAUAAAGGAAAGGGAGUCAUGACUGUGGCCGAGAGGAGCCUCUUCCCGGAGAAAGGUGAGAGGGUUAAUGAGCUUAUGUCUAACUCUUGGGGACGAGCAUUACCAGGCAAGGUCAUGCCAACAAUUACAACCACUCCAGCACCCACAGAUGCUCGCGUUGGAUUCAUCAUGCAUUGGGAACAGGAUCGCGUUUUGACUAUCAUGGAAGCGCGGCGUGCGCAAGGCUUCCGAGACCACGAGGUCCUCCUCGGGGCACCCAAAGACCAAUGGAAGGUCGUUGGAAACAGUGUGGCUAGGGAGGUGUCGUUAGCCUUGGGUCUGUCCUACCGCCAGGCGUGGUUGGGAACUCUGGUUGACGGAGAUGAAGUCGCACCGAGAGUCCACAUCCCACACGACCUCUCUGAUGGGGUGCAGAUGAUGGACACACCGCCUCUAGCAGAUUCGCGUACGAGCAUCUCUGGAUCGGCAUCGCCAGCUUCAUCGUCGAGUCGUGCCGUGCCUGCGAAGCGUCCUCUGGGAAGCACGCUUUUGGUUGAGCGCUUCACGUCAAAGAUGACGAAGUCGAGCCGGACACAGACAUCGAGUGGUAGCAGAACCACAGUCGAGGCGGAGGAUGAGACUCAGGCCGAAGCGACGACCUCGUUGGUGACCUCGGACAUUGAGAUCAUUGAAAUUGACUAGGCAUAGUGAUUUUGGACCGGCAUUGGAGUAGGUGGUUUGCGAUACAUUUGCAUCUUUGUGCGACAGAGCGCAAAGCUUCCGGACAUUUUGUCAGAAUCCUGAAUAAGGGAGAGUCAACACUUGGAGUCACUGGAAAGAUAGACAAAACGCAUAGCGAAGAUGAUGUGAAUUUUGAGCUUCACAGGAUGAUCAAUUAGUGGUUAAUCAACA